UUCAUGGAUCACUGCCUUGCCGUGGCGAAGGGGCUUGAAGAACUCAGAGAAGCUAUGAACUACGCCGAGCAGGGCACACAAGAUGAACAGGUCAUAGUGGAGAGUUUUGACCAAACAUGAUCCACCUGGAGGAGGAACCGGCAAGCCACUCCAGUAUCCUUGCCAAGAAAACUCCAUGGACAAAGACAACAGGCAUAUAAAAGUUAUGACGCUGGAAGAUGAGCCCCUCAGGUCGGAAGGCGUCCAACAUGCUACUGGGGAAGAGCGGAGGGCAAGUACAAGUAGAUCCAGAGCUAAUGAAGCGGCUGGGCCAAAGCUGAAAGGACGCUCAGUUGCAGAUAUGCCUGGAAGCGAAAGGAAAGUCCAAUGCUGUAAAGAAAAAUAUUGCAUAGGAACCUGGAAUGUAAGAACCAUGAACCUGGGUAAGUUGAAGGUGGUCAAAAAUGAGAUGGCAAGAAUAAAUAUUGACAUCCUGGGCAUCAGUGAACUAAAAUGGACGGGAAUGGGCGAAUUCAGUUCGGAUGACCAUCACAUCUACUACUGUGGGCAAGAAACCCAUAAAAGAAAUGGAGUGGCCCUCAUAGUCAACAAAAGAGUGGCGAAAGCUGUACUGGGAUGCAAUCUCAAAAAUGAUAGAAUGAUCUCGAUACGAAUCCAAGGCAGACCUUUUAACAUCACAGUAAUCCAAGUUUAUGCACCAACCACUGGUGCUGAAGAAACUGAAAUUGACCAAUUCUAUGAAGACUUACAACACCUUAUAGAAGUGACACCAAAGAAGGAUGUUCUUCUCAUUAUAGGGGAUUGGAAUGCUAAAGUAGGGAGGCAAGAGAUAAAAGGAACAACUGGCAAGUUUGGCCUUGGAGAUCAAAACGAAGCAGGGCAAAGGCUAAUAGAGUUCUGUCAAGAGAACAAGCUGGUCAUCACAAACACGCUUUUCCAACAACACAAGAGACGACUCUACACAUGGACAUCACCAGAUGGGCAGCAUCGAAAUCAGAUUGAUUAUAUUCUCUGCAGCCAAAGAUGGAGAAGCUCUAUACAGUCAGCAAAAACAAGACCUGGAGCUGACUGUGGCUCAGAUCAUCAGCUUCUUAUAGCAAAAUUCAAGCUUAAACUGAAGAAAGUAGGAAAAACCACUGGGCCGGUAAGAUACAAUCUAAGUCAAAUCCCUUAUGAAUACACAGUCCUCUGUCAGCUCCAGAAUGAAGCUGACAUUGGUGUGGGCUUCCGGUUUAGCACGGGCAUCAAGGAGAAGCGCGGAACGACCGCUCUGGUAAUUCCGAGCAGCGCGGGGUUUUUUUAG